AUGCCCAAACCCACAAAGUCUAACGGCACCAAAGCUCCUCCCCCUUCACCCCUUCGGGCCCAAACACCUCCAGACAGCCCUAACCAUGAAAACCCUCCGCAGUCUGUUACAAUGGAACAGCUGCAGCAGCUUUUCAUGGAAGUUCUUCGGCAAGCCAAGCAGUCAUCAGAUUCUUCGGAGCCAAUUGAAGAUACCAGACUAGAGAAAAGCAAGAAUAAAGAAGGCAACGAGGUGAAAGCUCGAGCGUCAAAGCUCGAAUAUAAGGAAGUCCACGAAGUGUGGGACAAGGACAAUUCGAAGUAUAAGAUUGUGGAAUCUGUGGGAGAGGACAAGGUUCUUGAUGAUCUUGACCAGAUGACCAAGGAAACUAUGAUUUUUGUCGAUAUUAAGUCCGAGGUGUUGCUUGGAGUGCUGCGAGACAUUGUGAGAGAUGUUAGGGCUAUCAGCUUGCGCGAGGAUAAGCCUUCGGAUCAGAUCGAGCGGAACUUCCUAUACAACUUCCUUGCCGACCUCGAGACGUACAUUACCAAGAAAGGAAGGGAUCAUGAAGACCCACGUUCGAAGCAUGUGGACCUGCUCAUCAGGUAUAUCAAGGAUACCUAUGCCUCCACAACCCAGAGCCUUUCACCGCUUCUCAAAAGGGGAGAGAUCACCUACGAUUUGCUUUGGACCAUUUUCAAGCCAGGGAUCUUUGUAUACAGUACCUGUCUGGGCACUGGCAAGCCUCGAUGUGUUACAUUUGAUGCUGGAGAAGAGAAAACGAAAAUGAAUGGGAUCAAAUACUUCAGCUUAGAUUGUCGCUAUCUAGACUUUGAUGGUGAGGUAUUCGGUGACGCUGGUACCCAGCUGGAGGUGGUCCGGUUCCAUGGACCCAGACUCAUCCACACCCUCGAGGCGUUCCCCCUUGAUCAUCACCCAAACAAAUCAGAUGCCAUGAAGUCGCUCAUCGACUGCGGCCGGAAUUUUUGCGACCUAAAGGGGCAGCACAUUCGCCACUGCCGUGGUCGUGCCUUCUUCACAGUCCGGGGAGAAAUGGUCCAGAUCUCCAUCAACAGCCGUGUCAUGGUGGACCCAACCUUCUUUCGCCAGAUGAAUCCGAACUACACUAGACCGCGGAUCAAUCAGCGGAGUGAAUCCUACGUGGAUAGGGACGGCGCCACCCAUCUUGAUUUUUCGGCGCUUUUUGAUAAUCAGGAUCAACGCGAGAGAGAACAGGUGAAAUGCAAUGGUGUCAAUCCAUCCAAAAUGAAGGAUGUUGACUUUCUCAUUUGCUGUCCCACGGUUCUCGGGUUCUCUCUCAAUGAAAAUCUCUGGAUGGAGUUUGCUGUUGCCGAUCUCCGUCGAGUCGAAUGGUCAUCCACACCCUUUGAAAACCUCAAGAUUCCUGACCAGCAAAAGGGUACCAUCUUAGCUCUCGCAAAGACUCGUUUAGGCUUGGUACCUAGCAUCCCCUUUGACAAUUUCGUUCCUGGCAAAGGGCGUGGCCUCAAUGUGCUCCUGUAUGGCCGCCCGGGUCUCGGAAAGACUUUCACAGCCGAGGCUUUAGCAGAGCACUUGCAGCGUCCUCUUUACAGAGUAGCUGCAAGUGAAUUAAUCGGGGAUAAAUGCCUGGAGGAUCAUGUUUCCGACAUAUUCAAGACCGCCAGCCAUUUCAACGCUAUACUCCUGGUGGACGAAGCCGAUGUCUUUUUGCAUGGACGCUCGGUCGGCGGAGUCCAUGAUCAUUCCGUGACGGUCUUCCUCCGCAAACUUGAAUAUUUUGAGGGGGCUUUGUUUCUCACUACAAACCGCGUUGAUGAGUUUGACGAUGCUAUCCUCAGCAGGAUCCAUUAUAAGCUGAAGUAUGAGGAUUUGAGCCGGGAAUUCCGGAGAGAGGUUUGGCGGAGUUUUCUUUCAAAGUCUCGCACACAUAAGGGAAGCGCACAGGUGUCCGAUGAUGAGCUGCAUAAACUGGAGGGUCUGGAUCUCAGUGCCCGAGAUAUCAAAAACCUGGCUAUGAUCGCCCAUGCACUCGCCACUGUCGAUGAAGAUCGUGUGUCUUACGGCCAUCUGGAGCGUGCUGCGGCAUCGAACGAGGAAUUCAUCCGCGCAUUCAAUCGUACGGAGCGUCUCGAGACCAUGUACAAUUAG